AUGGAUAUUAAGAAACUUAUGCUAAUUUCCUUUAUCCUCACCAUGAGCGAAUAUAGAGGCCUUAGUAGAAAUAUUCCGAGUGCUUUGGAAAAUAUCCUAACGAACAUCAAUGAUGUGGGGAGUAAAGAAUCUACUGAGGUGAAUGAUGAAGCUGCAACCCCAACUCUAUUUCAUCGUUCGCCUUACCUGCCAAAACUUUUGAAUACCAUAGCCGAAUAUUGGAAUAUAACAUCACUGUAUAUCAUCUACAAUAACAGACUAAUCACCCAUCAUCCAUAUCAAGAUUUUCUGGAAGAACUUUGUGCGAAUGCUAGCUACCUGGGACAACUACCAAGAAUGGCAAUAAGUAGUCAACACAUCAAAAGUCGGUUGAUUAUGGAUAAUGGUUUUCGCGAAUCUUCUUUGGUCUUAACCCUAAUGCAUAGUACCCAUGACAGAGUGUUGGAGACGACUGCCUAUGCAACACGCUUUAAAAGAUCCUGUUUUACCAUCUAUCUCAUGCACCUAUUUGCCAUAUCUACGGAGGAUAUGAAUUCUCUGUUUGAAAAGUUAUGGCGUUAUCAAUUGCGUCGUCCUUUGGUAAUAUCAAAUGGAGGCGAUUUCUUCACCAUGGACCCAUACCCCAAAUUGAGAAUUGUGAAUGUCACCAAUGAAAAUGUAACGCAGUAUUUCCCCAAGGUGGCUAAUAUACGAGAUUUUAAAGGUUACACUUUAAAUAUUCCAGUGCAAGCUGAUGUACCCUAUACUUUGCUCUAUAAGAAUCCAACAACUUCAGAGUAUGAAAUGGAUGGCAUUGGAGGAUGGAUAGUUAAGGAACUUAUGAGGCGACUAAAUGUUACCUUGAAUGUGUAUCCCUUAAAUUGGAGUAACUCCAACUAUUUGUAUAUCACUCACAUUCACAAAAUGCUAUUGAGUGGAGAGAUUGAGUUAAGUCCCCACAUGUUCACCACCGUAGUUUCAAGGGAUCUGGACUAUUCUUAUCCCUAUGUGGCCAGCUCUCUAUGUGUUAUGGCCCCAGUGCCUAAGAGGGAGAGUAUAAAUCUAUUGGGAUUUUUCGAUUAUACUUUGUGCUUGUUUUUGCUGUUGAUGGUGGUUGCCAAUGAGAUUAUUUGGAAAUUAUAUUGGCAUUAUCUUCCCAGGAUGCAUCUUUCCAGACCCUUUCUGCCUUAUUGUUCUUUGUAUGUGAUUUUGGUAUUUCUGGGAAUUCCAUUGCCAACGUGGCGUAUACGCCCCAUAAGGAGCUUACGUUUGUGCGGCUUUCUUAGAAUUUUGCUGUUUUUUUUUAUCCUAACAUACUGUGGCAUGUAUAUAUCCCAAAUAUUCUCCUCCAACCUUAGCUCAUAUCUGACAGCGAGUUAUUUGAGGGGUCCUUCGUUUCAGUUGAACAAUAUAUUCGAAAGCGAAGUGCCUUUGAUGCUGAGUUCCUACAUGGCAAAUACUUUGAGGGAACUUUACAAUCUCACCGAAGCUGAUAUGUACAAAUAUUUUGUUGUAGCCUCGUGGGAUGUCAUUGAAUACCAUCGAGUUGCCCUCAAUGCAUCCUACAUGUAUUUGGUGCCUUCUCCAAUAUUCGAAUUAAUCGCCGAGCAGCAACGUUACUUGGAUCCCAAACGCUUUGUCACUACACAGAUAUGCUAUGGCACGUUUCCUUAUCAAAUGCAGCUGCGUGCCGAUAGUCACUUUACAGAUUUGUUGUAUGAAUUUAUACUUCAUCUGCGUGAGAGUGACCUUCACAUCUAUUUGAAGACAGAUUUGCUACAGCGUGCCCGUAAAUUUGGAAAUUUCAAUUACAUACGAGAUGAGAAGUCCUCGGAGUCCUCUUACGGAAUGACUUUCACCUUUAAUACAUUAACGGUGAUGAUUUUUGUUCUGGCUGUGGGCUAUUCAUGCAGUUUGGUCGCUUUCGUGUGGGAAUGGUAUGGUCAACGGAUUUGUCAGAUUUGGGACAAGAAAAGGUGUAAACUUAUGCUACGAAAGUAA